CACUGACUGACGAGCGUUUUGUGUGUUCAAAAUCAAAGCAGCUGUAAGAUCACUAAAAUCUCUUCGACUGUUCAAGAUCGAGAGAUAAUAAUCAAAGCCAUUGGUCAGAAUUUAGCUACUGCAGCUAGUUGUAGUGAAUAUGGUGUCUCUGCUCAAUCUGUGCACCACGUGCUGUGCUUUUCUUUUCCUCGCGUCGACUGUGGGCAGUGAUCGUGUGUUCACUGAAGAAGAACUCGCAGAGUACGAUGGAUCAGACCCAAGUAAGCCUAUCUACCUCUCGAUCAAGGGAGCUGUGUAUGAUGUGACUAAAGGAAAAGACUUCUACGGCAAGGAUGCGGCGUACAAUGCAUUGGUAGGACGGGACAGCACCGUUUCAAUUGCCAGAAUGUCCCUCGAGCCUGCAGACCUGGCCCUAAAGCAUGACAUUAGUGUACUCUCGUCAUCUGAACUGGAAGCCCUGGAGAGCGUAAUAACCAGCACAUAUGUACCAAAAUACCCCGUUGUUGGCCGGCUAGACGUUGCCGCUGCUGAGUCGGCGGAUAGCCGCCGCACUGACCUCUAGAAAUGCUGCUGAUUUUAAAAUUAAUUAUCAUGUGCUCUGCUUCGCUGAAUAAUGCUGAUGGUUAAUUUCCGUGGCAUCCGCUUGCCCUGUUGAACUCUGGCACCCAACCCAAGCCCCGUGUCCAUGGUGUCCUUAGGUUUCCAAUGCUGCGCUCUACGGUGUAGUGCGCACUAGACUAUUAGUGAUGUUCUUCUCGCAUUGACUUUAACUGGUACACGAGUGUGCGGUGUUCCUUAUAAUAAUUCCUAUUUUUACACAUAUUUUAUACUUGUCCUUGAACCUCUAUAGCUCUCCUGGAUAUAGCACCGGUUUAAUACAAGAAGAAAACAUGACUUCAGUCGAUUUUCAUAA